CGCCGGGCCGGGUUUACGGGGAUAUGGGGGGAGCGUCUGCACGAUCGAGGUCAGCGGGCAAGAGAAAGAUAGGUAGGUAGAUAUGUAGGGCGGAGAGAGAGAGAGAGAGAGAGAGCCGGGUGGGGAGGCCCGCAGGCAAGGUUAAGGGGCGACGGGUUAAGGGGGGACGGAGGUUUCCGACGAAGGGUGGGGAGGGAUGUCGCUCUCUUAUCACCCAACGAGUGGGGCGUUGCUCGGAGGACCGUCRSAUACUCCCGAAUCUUCAUCAUCUGGGUUGGCUGGAUUCCCUGCGUCUCCACUGCGGCCAACUGCGAUCGCGAUAGACAGCUCUGUGGGUGUCCCGUCCGUCACGUUUUCCGCUAAUGGGAGUCGCUUAUUGGAGUCCCCCGCCGUUCAGGAGUCAGGAGCUAUAGCUGGAACACAACUGGCGGCGUGGAGCAAGGUCGUCGAGGAGGUUGCUCUGGAGAUGAGCCGGAAGGAAAGUGAGAAUAAGCGCCUGAAGUCUCGUCUCAGGGUCACAGAAUGGCAGCUUAAGCAAGCAGAAGAGAAGGAGGGUGGGCUCUCUCUUUCACCCAAGAGUUUUGGGUCUGGUGGCAUGGCACGUGAGCAACGGGACGGAUCCAUUGCUGGUCUGGAUGACAGCGAGAUCGACCAAAGAUUUUCUGAGGUGGCUGCUUCUUUCUCAGGGCUUGAGAGGCGUCCUUCCUUGGUAGUCCACCGAGGAACACCCCUGGACAGCCUGGUGGAGGAAUUUGGUGGAGCUGCUUCAGGAUCAAGAAACCAGUUGCAGGCCGAGUUAGGGCUGCAGAAGCUUGCUACAGGAACUGAUGUGUAUGCACCUGAGAGCUCGAUGGAACCAUCUCCACCUUCGACACCGUUGUCGGCCAUGGAUGGCAUAGAUUUGCUAGGAAGUGGCUCUGUUUGUCACCAGCAAUACAGGGAAGGUGAAGAUGGUCAGUCACCACGAAAUAACAGCGAUGACAGUGGUCAUUACAGAAAUGGGCGCAAUCCCACGUCAGGCAGUUAUCAGCAGAGUCAAAUUCAACGGCCAACAUCUUCACACCGAAACUAUAGCCGCUUUGAUGAUCAUCCCAGAUCUCCACUGCGUCAACAAUCUCAAAAUCAUACACAUUCUCAUCAGCAUCAAAACGACGCUAACCAGGAUGCGCUUGUGUGGACAGGUAGAGUCACCUGGUUAGAAGAGCAGCUGAGACACAGAGAUAGAUUGCUUGCCGCUGCACAUGUGAAGGAAGCUCAGCUCCAAAGUGAGAAGAGGUCUCUAGCAGCCCGUGCAGCAGAGCUGCGAAUGGUGUAUGAUCAGCAACAGCGCUGCAUGGCCGAUGCAGCAGCCAAAGCUCUGCAGUAUAGAGCUGAUCUGGUUGACGAGAACAUGAAGUUGAGCAGGGCCCUUGAGAUUGCAGAGCGAGAUCGUGCCAUCUUUGUGUCAGGGCUGAUGCCUCUUCUUGCAGAAUUUGGGCUUCAUCCUCCCUCGUCAGAUGCAGCUGCAAUUCUGCAUUCCAUGAAGAUGGUCAUGCAACGCCUCCUCUCUGAAUUGUCUAUACUUGAGGAGCAGAGGAAGCUGGGGGGAAACUUGGUGCAAACCCAUCUGGGCGACGGGUUGAUUAGUAGCCGGGAAAUGCUGGGAGGAACAGCUGGGGGAGGACUGAAUGCCCCUGCUGGCUCUAUGAACAAGGGAAAAUCUGCCAUGGAUAGUCCAUCUGCAAAUUCUCCCUGGGAAGGGAACUGGGGCAUCAGAGCUGAGAAUGGGUGUCAGACACAGCAGCAGAUGGCCUUGGUGCCGGGGCUGAGGGGACCACCUCUUUAUAAAGAUGAGCUUAUGCGUCCCUCAUCCCUGCCAACUAUUCUUAAUCCUCGAGAGAGGCAAGGAGACCAGCAAGAGUCAAUUUCAAGUAGCAGACAUCCGGAUUCAUGGGCGCUAAGUCUGCGGCAGAUUGAACGGCAUGAGCAGGGAUUGAUUGGCCAGAAUAACAUGCAGCAGUUCCUGUCCAUUCGUUCUCAGACUGCUGACAGUGGUGCAACCACUAGUGAGUCCUUGCAGCAAGGGUCUGGCCAGCCAAGUGAUGUUUGGUGGAGCGCAAGAGACAGUACCACACGUCCUGCUGCAUAUCAUGCUCCACUGUCGCCGUCAUCGGCGUCAUGGGUUCGAGCUGAUGGUCAAGCGGAGGUUGGUUAUGCACCUUCCUAUCAAGCAAGUCAGGUCAGUGCAUCACCUGUUGCUGUGGAGACUACCUCUCGACCUCCAAGUUYUCCGCCGAUGUUACCAGGGUUCAAUCCUAYUUCCAYUUCUCCGCUACACCAAAAUGCCAACCAUGGCAUGGGCCCUCAUUCACAUCUGAAUGCUCCCCCACAGGCAGAAGCUGCAUCACAUAAGCAUGUGCUGCCAGCACAGCAGCAAGUUCUUGCACCUGCAACGUCAGGUAUCCCUGACCAACCCUCGGCUGGAUUAGAGGUGMAGGCUGGUGGGAUGCCAACAGAUGCAGCAGGCACUAGUUCCCUUGUGGAAGUAGUUGUGACUCCCAUGAAUGGCACAACAUUUGAUUCUCAAGGUGUCAUGGCUCGGAAUGAGCCGUCACAAGGGCCCAUUAGAUCGGGAAGCUUGGAAGAUGUCCAGAGAACUGGCAGCUGGAACAGCCGAAGUCCGGGCAUCUCAUCCACAGGAACUGAGGUAUCAUUCAAGGAGUGGCCRCUGAGGACAACCCAGCCUGGCCAAGAAGACCAACGAGCAGAAAUUGGUCCUCAAUCCCCCAGGGCCGCAUCGCCUCUGCGGGAGCAAUCUCAGCAACGGCAACAGCAACAGCAACAGCAACAGCACCAGCACCAGCACCAGCACCAGCACCAGCAACAGCAACAGCAGCAACAACAGCAUUCUCCACCAUGGCGACAACAUUCUCCCCCGCCACAGCAGCAACAGCCGCAGCAAUCUCCAACUAGUCCUGCCGGGAGACCGGGUAGACAGGCCCCCUUGGGAGCAGAUGAUGAUCGCUCCAAUGGUUCUGGGCCUGCUGAUGGUGGCAACAGUGCACAGGGAGAAGUUGAUAGUCGUAGUGUGGGGGGCAGUAGGGGAUCAAGAAGGGGAAGAGGGGCCGAGGGCAAUGGACGUGACAGAGUGGAUGAUUCAGAGAGAUACCAAGGAAGUCCUGGAGGAAGCCAGUGGAAGGAAAGAGAUAGACGGGAGUCACGAAGAUCAUCAAGUGUUGGUCCAAAAGUGGAGCCAAAGGAAGGGAGGAGAUCAAGAGGAGGUGAGAGGUCAAGGGCCAGUAGCUCAGCUAAGGCAGAAAAGGCAAGAAGGGGAGGUCCAAGCAGAAGGGAUAACCUUCCUACUGUGAAAGAAGAUGAUGAUCGGGCCACCACAAGUGAAGAUCCAGAGGACGAGGACGAGAUUGAUGACCUCCUUCCGGCGGUUGCAGGACUGCGCAUUGUUGGUGAUGCAUCACUUGGUGGGAAGCUGACAGCAUGCGGGAAUUCCAUCAAUGGCACCUCAAAAUGCAUCUUUCAGUGGGUUCGGCACUAUAUGGAUGGAAGUUCGGGAUCCAUACAUGGUGCACAGGAUUCUGAUUACCUUGUGACUGCCGAUGAUGCACACUGUCUCAUCUCCAUCGAUUGUCUUCCAAUGGACGACUGUGAUCGGCAGGGGCAAGUUGUCAGUGCGUUUGCAAAUAACAAGAACUGGAUCAUGCUAGACCCUGCAAUGCAAACUGAAUUCACUGUGAUUCAAUCACAAGGAGUUGCCUCCUUUGAGUGUAAUUGUAAGCAGCAAGAUCAUGAUGAGUCGUUUCAAUCAGCAAGCUACCAUUCUUAUGGUGAGACAACACAGCCAUACACUUUCACUUUUGUAAUGAAAAGGGCGAGUUUUUCAUUGAAGCGCAAUAAGAAAACUGAACUCAAGGAGCAAUAUGGUCCUAGCCUCACAGUGGAAAUUCCUGUGGGCCAGGCUAGAAUUUGUAUUGUGCACCUCAAUGAUGGGAAGCGGAUUGAGCUUGAACUUCCAGACAGCAGGCGCCGGGAUAUUUUGGUGCUCUCUCUUCGAGAAUUCAUCAAGAAAGCAUUGUUUGAGAUCCGUCCUGAGAAGAAGAAGAAUAGGGGAUUCUUGUUCCGAGGAAAGUAAAAUAUGUCUGGCCUGUGUACAGCAUCAAUAUCAACCGAUGUCCAUGUCCUGCUUUGCUUCUCAGCAGCAGAGACUUCAGCGGCCCUUCUUCCCUGUUCCUGGACGUAUGGUACUUGCCACCUCCUCCUGCUGCUGCUCCUGUUUCUGCUUCGGUUUAAGGUUCAGAUUCAGAUCCGAAUGCGUAGAUAGGUUUUGAUCUCCAUGGACUUCAAGAUAAUUCCCAGUAUCUAUUUUUGUUACUGGUUGUUGUGAUUCAGACCGCAUGUGCACAGGCCGGCACCACAUUGUUUUGCAACAAGAAAUGGAUGUGAUGGGUAGCCUAUCAGCAUCAGCAUGAUGAUUGGAAUGUGAUGGGUCGCCUAUCAGCCCUCAUGAUUGGUAUCGUAACUCCCCCUAAAAUGUGUCCAUGGGGGAAUGAUAGUCACAACCUCUCCAGGAACCUUUUUCUUGACCAGGAACCUGUUCUUCUGCAACAGUUACUGCGUCUCAGAGCCAUAUUGCAUGACAUUGUAUGCUUGUGCAGCCAUAUUACAUGUAUUAUGCUUGAGUUCAGGAAGCUUUGCCCUGGUCAACAUGGUUUUGGCAGAGAGGUUUUGUGGAUUGGCAGUGGUUCAGUCAGAGAUUUGAACCUCGCCUCAAAGGCCUCGUAAUACUGCAUGGUCACUGAUGGUCAGAGGGCUUGGAGCCAGUGCUGGACUGCAAGCUGUAGCACACAAAUCUGGCGCAUGGGCUGUCGCACAGAGUUGGAGCCAUCUCACAGACUGAUGGAACGAAUGUGCGCAGGCAGUCGCAAUGCAGCAGUCUGGAUCCUGUUCUGGACUUGGAGGAGCGGUGUAGACCUCCAGGCCUGAAAUGUAGACCUCUGGUGGAGUAUGUUUGUGACCAGCUCGCGGUUCUUGUUGCUGGAUGUUGUCACUUCGUGUUUGCCACAAGAAUGGAUGUAUUCUUCAAGAAUGUGCGGCAGAAGGCAAGGUCUGAAGAUGUGACAGAAAUGUAUAAAGGCAAAGUUUAACACAGUGUGUAAGGCAGCAGCAGGUGGAAGCAUGCUGACUUGCAAGCAAUGUGCAUGUAGGCAAUCAGUAUACAGUAUGAUUUAAAGCACGGUAGCUUGAAGAUUGGAACAGGACUGAUUUAAAGUGUGCAUGACAUUGUAUGCUACACAGUACGUACAGUAGGUGGCUUUGCUACAUCAGGUGGCUUGCUAGCCUGCCCACAGUUGAUUAAUUUACUAUGUGUCGUGUAGUGGGUUUCGCCACACCAUGUGGCUGGUUAGCCUGCCCAGUCCACUAAUGUGAUGGAUUGUCUCUUGUCAGCCUUUCGCCAGGGCUCCUGCCUUCGCUCUCAUCUACCUUUUCCCGCUCAGUGGAACUUGGACAUGC